UGUACGCGCCGCUAGUGUACGACCUAGAAAAAGCGUCUUACGAAAAACGGCAGCAUGGUGACUCUCAGCAACUCUCAGUCUUCUCUCUAAUUGCACAUGUUACGUCGUCAAAGUUUAUUGAAACUCGUUACUCUGUCGCGAUUCAUAGCAAUCGGCGAACCGGUAUUGAAACGAUUUACUGCGUUUGUGAAACUUUUCGAAAAUAUGUACACAAUCGUUGAGAGGGGUGCGCUUAACAGCACGGACUACAGGAUAUUUUUCAAAAAUGAUCUGGGAGUACCAAUCUCACCCAUGCAUGACAUUCCACUCUAUGCCGAUAAAAAGAAUAAAAUAAUGAAUAUGAUUGUUGAAAUACCUAGAUGGACAAAUGCUAAAAUGGAGAUCUGUUUGAAAGAAUCUUUGAAUCCUAUUAAGCAAGAUGUUAAGAAUGGUAAAUUAAGAUUUGUUGCUAAUUGUUUCCCUCAUCAUGGAUAUAUAUGGAAUUAUGGAGCUUUGCCACAGACAUGGGAAAAUCCUGAAGUUUUGGAUGACGCAACAGGCUGCAAAGGUGACAAUGAUCCUAUUGACGUUCUUGAAAUAGGCUACAGGGUUGCAAAGCGAGGUGAAGUAUUAAAAGUAAAAAUUCUUGGAACAGUGGCACUCAUUGACGAAGGUGAGACUGAUUGGAAGAUUAUUGUAAUUGAUGUUAAUGAUCCUUUGGCAAACCAAAUGAAUGAUAUAAGCGAUAUCGAGAAACAUUAUCCAGGUUUAUUAAAAGCCACAAUUGAAUGGUUUAAGAUAUAUAAAAUUCCAGAUGGAAAGCCGGAAAAUCAAUUUGCAUUUAAUGGUGAAGCAAAACCACGAGAUUUUGCACUGCACAUUAUUGAUGAAGUGCAUCAACAUUGGCAAAAUUUAUUAAAACAGGAAGUUCCAACUAGUGGAAUAAUAUGUUCUAAUGUAACAGUGGAGGGUAGUUCUUUUAAGAUCACCACAGAAGCUGCUAAAGAGAUUUUAGGAAAAGAAUCUGAGCCAAUAGAACCUCAAUCUGUAGAACCGAUAGUUGACAAAUGUUAUUUUAUACAUCCCGAACUAUAACAAGGAUUAUAAUGCGCAGAAGGAUUUAAUUAAAUAUUCAACUCAUAACAUUGCUGAUAAUUGCAUACAUUAUAAUUAAUAGUUUUAUUUAUUUCAUUAUUUUUAUAUUUUGGUUAUAUGAGAUGUUAUAAUAUAUGAUUUCAGUCGA